UUAAUUCGCGCGUGGUUGUAAAAUAUGACAACGAAAUGGUUUCCUGGUAAUUUUUUAAGUGUAGAGAAGAUUAAGAAUGUUAAAAAUUAUGCUGUAAUAGUUUUAAAUCGUCCAAUAAACGCGAAUAAAGAAGUUGUCGAAUGUUUAUGGAGUCAAGCAUCUCUUAAAAUUACUGUCGAUGGUGGUACAAAUCGAUGGCUUUCGUGGAUAAGAAAACAUAGUUUAGAAGAUAAGCUUAAACAUCCAAAUUUCAUUACUGGUGACCUCGACUCGUGUAGUACAGAAAGUAUUGCCUUUUUCAAUAAAAGUCGCGUGAUCAAAACAGUUGAUCAAGAUGAAACAGAUUUUACAAAGUCGCUUCGAGUACUUGAACCGUCUAUAAAAGAGCUAAAUUUAGAAAAUAGUAUUGUAUUGUGUGAAACGUCAGGUCGUAUGGAUCAAAUCUUAGCAAACAUUAACACACUUUUUAAAAAUAAUCUAAAAUCGAAGGAUAAACAAAUUCCAAUAUUUUUAUUUUCUGCAAACAGCCUUUCAUGGUUACUUGCCCCUGGCCACCAUGAGAUUCACAUUCCGGAAAAUGUUAAAAAGUUUUGGUGCGCUCUUAUUCCAUUUGAACCCACGAAAGUUUCAACAAAUGGACUUAAAUGGAAUCUUAAAAAUCAAACAUUGAAGUUUGGUGGGAUUGUAAGCACAAGUAAUACUUAUGAUUGUACAACUAAUGUUGUCAACAUUACAACAGAUAAUCCUCUUUUAUGGUCAAUGGGGACAUCUAAAAUAGACGAUGAUUGA